AUGAGUUUCUCUACCAAGAAGCUGUCUGUUCUUCUUCUCCUUCUCUUGAGUAUUCUCUUCCCUCUGAGUGCAAGAACUUCUGCUGACAACACGCUCGAUAAGAAUAGGUUCAACGAUAAUGGGUGUCGUUUUGGAGGUAGGCGUUGUGGAUUCGGCCAUCCAGGAUUUGGUCAUCGUGGUGGUUUAGGUGGUGGAGUUGGAGGUGGGGGUGGUUUUGGUGGAGGUAGAGGUGGCGGUAUUGGAGGUGGUGGAGGUUUUGGGCGUGGUGUAGGUGGUGGUGCAGGAGGAGGUGGUGGUUUUGGCGGUGGUGGUGGAGGGGGUGUAGGUGGCGGGUCAGGAAAAGGUGGAGGCUUUGGAGCUGGGGGUGGUGUAGGUGGUGGUGCUGGAGGAGGUGUUGGUGGAGGUGGAGGUUUUGGUGGUGGCGGAGGAGGUGGUGUUGGUGGUGGCUCUGGUCAUGGUGGUGGUUUUGGAGCUGGUGGUGGUGUGGUGGUGUAG